UCAAGAGUGUGUUUGCGCAGAACUGAUUUUCGUUUUGGAGUGGAUGUUACAACAGGAAAUAAGACUUAAAUGAGCACGUAUAAAUGUAUCGUAUAGACUUAAACCUAACGUGUAGACGUUUCCCAAAAGGAAAUUUAAACCAUAUUUCAACCGAUCAUGGAUUAAAUGUUUAAGUCAACACCUAGGCAGUUUUUUUCAGAAUAACGCAAAAGUUUAACCCAUCAGGUAUCCUGAACUUUUUCUUGGCUGCUAUGGAAUGUCCAUUCUAAAAGUUUUUUUUUUAAUCUUAUUUUUUGUAUUUGCGGUCACGAAAAGUACAGAAUUUGUGUUCGGAUUCAUUGACUCUUAAACGGCACAGCGCAGAUUUAAUUUUUAUCAGAUUUUCAGCUUCUUUCUGUUCAGCGAGUACUUCAAACAGCCGUCACCUGAUAAGGCGACCUGCGCUUCGGGCACAAUGGGUUGGUACGGCCCUGGAGCUGGUACAAUCUGGAAAAUGACAGUUCUCUUUCUACAGCUAGUCUCCUUAACCCAUGGGAAGAGACACGUCGUUUACUGGAAUAGCACAAACACAAGGCUUUCCCAGGGCGACCUUUCCAUCGAUGUUGACCCCGGUGACUACCUGGACAUCUUCUGCCCCCACUACCCGCCCGGGGCCCCCGCCUCGUCGCCCCCGGAGACGCUGGUGCUGUACCUGGCGAGGGGGGAGGACUUUCGGGGUUGCGGCGAGACGCGGGGGGCCACGAAGCGCUGGGAGUGCAACCGGCCCCGCGCGCCCCUGGGCCCCGUCCGCUUCACCGAGAAGAUCCAGCGCUUCACCCCGUUCUCCUCGGGCUUCGAGUUCCGCUCCGGCUACCACUACUACUACAGCUCGCUGGCUACGAAGGACGGUCCCGAGCUGCCUUGCAUGAAACUGCGGGUGGCGGUGUGCUGCGGUACCGGUACUCCAGCUCCGCACGGUGCCGUCGGAGCUUCAGCAGCGAGGCCUCAACUCUCCCUCCUCCUCCUCAUCCCUCUCUUCCUUCACUCCUCCGUCUGAACCACCGCCAUCGCCUGUAAAAAAAAAAAAAAAAGGAAAAAAAAAACCCUCCAAAGUGGUGGAUUUUCUGCGCUGGGUUGCCAGCGGGGACCAAACGCAGCAUCCCCACAGUCUCUCCUGGCCCUUUGAUCACUGAGAAGAAAAAAUCACUCGGAUGCGUCGACGCCUCGCGACCAUGGUCCAGGUCGGCACCUGCAGUGUCUGCACACCUCCGGCCAGAGAGAGAAGUAUAAGGAAUGUCCAUUAACCAAUCACAAUUAAAGGAUCCACCUCUUUUUUUGAGCGAAACAUCAUAUACAUAAAUCGUUUUACAGACAGCGUGUCUAAACUGUUUGGCCCCUAUUCAUCGUUUGUGAGCAGAAUCUCGCACUCGCGCACAUACACACGCGCACGGUAGUACACACUGAAUGGUGUAUGCGCUAAGGACUGACCCUGAUCUGUUUCGGCUCCUUGCUCAUAAGUAUUUGGGGGGGGAAAAGGACAGGUAAACUGAUUCUGGAUGUUUUUUUUUUGUUGUUAUUGAGAAAGAAGGUGCCUCCGUCGACAGUGAACACGCGCUGUUGUUUUUCAGGGCUUCUGUAAUCUGACGGCACCUGUGGACGUUGCACUUCAGCGUUAUCUGCAGGGUUGCGCACCGGGUGACUCCUUGGGUGGGAAAACCUCUCAUCCCUCCCUCUUUCUCAGUCCAUUUCCACCCUUCCCUGAAGCAUAAUUAAUCCCUCUCUCUUUUUCCAGCCCCUCUUGCGCUCUCGUUCUCAUUCCAUCGCGAUGCGUUAGCCUUCCGUCUCCUCUCCCCACUCUGAGGAACGCCGGUCGUGAAUCGCGGCCUUCCUUGGCCUUUUUCAUUCCACGACUUCAUUUCCGUUCACCCUCCUCACUUGCCUCUCCCUCCCCUCCCCCUGAUGUCUCUCCUUCCAACCCAGAGUGGGCUGAAGUAAACUGCGUUAGCCUGUGCAACGGCAACUGAACCGGGCCGAGGCUUGUUCACGCCGAGCAGAACCGUUGAGGUCAGAAGCGGACCAAAAGCCCUACCAUGUGUGCAGAACCUGUUCAGCAGUGCGGGAUUUGGGUUAUUGUUUCAACAGGUGAGGACUUGUGGGUGUAAGACAGGGCAAUUCUGUGUAACUGCGCAUAACUUGAACAGUCAGAUGUGUCAUCGUUAAGGAUGUGGAAAUUCACAAAACCUGUUUAACUGGGGGUGUGCUCUACUGGACUGGUUAGGUUUGGAGUAUAGGAUGUGUAUGAACUUAUUUGACGUGCAUUCCACGACAUAACUCUGGAUUUUCUGGGGCCUGCCUCAGUGUUGGACUCCUCCAAUAGUCAACACAUAUCAGAAGGAUUCUUGGAAUGCAAAGCUUUCAUUGGAUGAAGGGUUGCAGUUAAAGGAAGUGGUGACAGUGCCAUACCUUGGUUUUUCCUCUAGAUGGCGGCAAAGGCUUUCAUAAGGCAAUAUGUGAAAGAAACUGUAGCGCUUGUACUGAGCUGAUUCUCUGCUCUUGUUUGUACAUUCUCUAUUUUGUGGACAGUGAUAACCUGCAGAUGUUUAGAUAAGAGAAUUGGGACUGCGGUCAUGCAGGGUCCACAAGCUACUGUACAACUGAAUGGAAAAUGCAAGUCCUGUGAGGCUACAUGUAUCCACCAGGAACAAACUUCCAUCUAGAGCAUAUGUGUACGCAGAUUCUUACUUUUGUAUGUCUACACCUCCCGUGGUUCAUCUUAACGGGUGACUGAGGAACUCCCAAGCUUGCAGGACCCAGUAUGCUCUCUUCUGGAACAAACCCACUUUUAUCUGGUUUGAUUACCAACUGUACAACCACGUCACUGCCACACAGUUGUGUUUUGAGUAGGUUUUGAAAAGUUUGUUGGAGAAAAAAGAUGUGUAUGUAUACGUGUGGGGAAAAAAAAUAUUUUUGUACUUUCUUUUCACAUUUUAGUGAAUAACUUUUUGUCUUCUGUGAAGAUUUGCAAUCAGGUUCCUUCUUUUCAAUGAGGUGAAUGUAAUCAAUAAAUGUGGUUGUUGUAA